AUGGGGCUACAUUGGCCCCUGGCGCGUAGUUCCAACUGGUGCCACAUGCGGGCGUUGAGUAACGAACAUUUGCGGCGCCGGGUUGGCGCCGCCGUGCGCAGCAUUGCCUCAACGGCACCCUGUUUUGCUUUAGAACGGGUUGAGGUGGCGCAUUCGCAUGCUUAUUCCCGCCGAGGCGUGACAGUGGGCUUUACGUCAUCUUCGUCCCCUAGCGGCAAAACUGGCAGUGGUGGGCUCUCGCCAGCAUCACAGUCGUUGCAUUCAUCGUCAUCUUUUGAUGCGAGUAAUGGGGAUGUGCUAGCCAAUUACGUCAACUUCGUUGCAGAUGACGCUACCGGACCUGCUGCGACCAAAGAGAACGGUGCGCAGCCAAUGCGUAGUUUGAGGUCCGCCUCUGCUGUCGAAAAUCUUCUGUUUACCGACGCAGCGAAGAACUAUUGCCGUCUCUGCAUGGAGGAGGUGCAGGUGACGCCCAAGGCGCAUAUUAGCACUCCUUACCGUGGGAGUCACACAAAUCACACCUGUCGGGAGGUCGUACUUGACUCUCUCGCUUUGCUUGCCAUUCGGGGGUACCCUAUCGAUGAUGUUUACUUCGUGUGGGCGGACACGCUCUAUCAAUCAUCUGUCUUUCAACGCAUCCCAGAGCUCGUCUCCCCGCGUUGGACUGUUGAUAAGCGGAGUGAAGUAUUGGCUAAGAUUCUAUUUAUGUUAAAAGACAUGGGCGUUAUCGAUAUUUCAUUAGCCGCCCAGGCACCCGAUUUGUUUGAUAACACGGCACAACAAGUGCAUCACCGCCGGCGUGUGGCGUUCGAAAGAUUAGAAUACAUCGGUGAUAACUCGUGGGGAAACCAUCUUUCCAAUCGUAUGAUGCUCCUAUUUCCCGAUCGCCAGUGGACUUACAGCCAAAACGCCUACACCUUCAACUGCUUUCGUGAUGCGUGCGAGAUGAAUGUGACGUUGGAAUUUAUGUUCGAUACUCUACGUGUGGGGGAGUUACUUCCACCUGGUGUACGGGAAAAAUUGGGAACGGGGAAGAUAAAAGCAGAUGUGGUGGAAGCUGUUAUUGGUGAGUUGCACGUGACAUUGUGGGGGCUUGAGCCGCAGCUGUAUGAUUCUGUGUGCUUUGUUGAAAUUAACGGCGUGGGAGAGGCCCGUCUGGCAGCGUUGGUGCAGCACUGUCUCACAGAAAUAUAUGACCUUAUCGUGCUUUCUUACGUUCAGGAACUCAGUGGAUCUGCGGUUCCGUUAGCAAAGCAGAUAGCUGCCGAUCGCAUAUGGAACAGCGUGUAUCCUCCCGUACGAAAGGCGAAGGACCGUGCACCUGGGGGACGAAAAAGUCGAUCUACUGUUGUGAACGUAGUCGGUGUAGGGGAGGUACGGCAACUUCCGUCACUUCCUUCGCUCUUUCCUGUAGCGUCAAAGCGACCCACACGGGCUCCACAUCCACUUCGCCGACUUAGGAAGUUAGGGGAGAUUCCUGAAGAAACUGUGUGUGCUGGUACGAACAAGGAUGUUUUUGUCCAUCUGAUCGAGAGUUAUGAACGUCUAGAUAUGUUGGAUGACUCUCUCCUUCCCACAUUGAAUAUGCGACGGCUCCAAGACGUUCAAUUCUCAAAGCUGAAGCGACAGUUGGUUCCCUCACUCUCCCCUGCCGCGUUGGAAGAAUUGCACAACUGUAAAGAGUUGGACGCUGAAUCGGUUACACCGCACAAGGUUGGCGACAAGGAGGUUGCGACGGAUGAACGGGUGCUGGACUUAGAAGAGGUUUAUUUCCGUGAUAAGUAUUUUGACCUCUUCCCAACUCCGUUGCCGAAUGAAGUUGUCACAAAAGAGGGAGACUGUGACAAAAGACAAAGCGGUGCCUCCACGAGCAGGGCGGUCAUCAUAUCGCUGCCACGAGGGUUUGACGGGGGUCGACCCUGCAACAGGGCGCAACUCCACAUGGCUCGAAACACAAUUUAUCCUUCACUGACUGAAAGACCGGCCCAUAGUCCCACUGCUGGUAUUACGAAGGGUGAUCGUGUGUGUCUCUUUUCUCUUUCAGUCUAUGUGCCUCCAGAUACGAAAAGGCCUUCUGCGGGCGUAGUGACAGACAAGAACCUUCACUUUGGUGAAUUUGCAUUUCAUGGCGUGCGGAUCAAGGGAAUUGAAUGUGCCUCUGAACCAGAAUGUAUUAGCAGGCGAAGCAAUGCUCCUGGUUCCGAUGUUGGGACCUCACUUAACCGCAGUUCAUGGAAAGAAGGAGGUGACAAUUCAUGUGGAACACUAACUGUUGAGGAUGGUACCGGAGAGAACUCGGUAGUUGGGGAAGAUGGCGAUACUGGUGUGAAUGGCGGGGAAGGUAAGGCUGAAGAUGCAACAGGCAAACACCUACUGCGAGCCAAAUGGUGUCGUGAAAAUCCCUUCUUUCCACGGGCGUCGCUACCUCUUUUAGGCAUCUCGGUUGGUGCGUGA